CGCUUGGCAAUAGCCGAAAAAGCCCUGAAGUGCGAAGAGCACGAUGUAAACCUGCCGCUGAGCGAGCACAACGAACCGUGGUUCAUGCGCUUGAAUUCCUCUGGAGAAGUACCUGUCCUGAUCCAUGGGGAAAACAUCAUUUGUGAGGCAACGCAGAUUAUCGAUUACCUUGAAGCAACGUUUGUGGAUGAGGAAGUACCAAGAUUAAUGCCAGAUGAAGGGAGCAUGUAUUAUCCAAGGGUGCAACACUAUAGAGAGCUUUUAGACUCCUUGCCUAUGGAUGCCUACACGCAUGGCUGCAUCCUGCACCCCGAGUUAACAGUGGACUCCAUGAUUCCAGCCUAUGCUACCAGCAGAAUUCGUAGCCAAAUAAGUAACACAGAAUCAGAGUUGAAGAAACUUGCAGAACAAAAUCCAGACCUUCAGGAUGCCUAUAUAGCAAAACAGAAGCGCCUUAAAUCUAAACUGCUGGAUCAUGAUAAUAUAAAAUACCUAAAGAAAAUACUGGAUGAACUGGAAAAAGUUUUGGAUCAGGUUGAGACUGAAUUGCAGCGGCGAAAUGAAGAAACGCCAGAAGAUGAAAAUCAGCCUUGGCUCUGUGGUGAUUUCUUCAGUCUGGCAGAUGUAUCACUUGCUGUCACAUUACAUCGCCUGAAGUUUCUGGGAUUAGCAAGAAGAAACUGGGGAAACGGAAAGCGGCCCAACUUGGAAGCGUAUUAUGAGCGCGUCCUGAAGAGAAAAGCAUUUUACAAAGUUUUAGGACACGUCAACAAUAUAUUAAUCUCAGCCGUUCUGCCAACGGCAUUCCGCGUGGCCAAGAAAAGGGCACCCAGGGUUCUUGGCACCACCCUGCUGGUCAGCAUGCUGGCGGGAAUGGGUUAUCUUGCUUUCAUGUGUCUUCGGAAGAGGUUUGCCAACAUGAUGUUAUCGAUUAGAACGAGGCAAAAUUAUUUUUAGACCCGUCUGUCCCUGGUGGUGAGUGGAGGGCAUCUCUAUCCCCCAGGAAAAUAUCCCCAAUAAGAUAUAAAUAUAGAAGAAAGGUUAUGUCUGUGAAUUAGAACAUUGUCACACAGUGAUCGUCUCCUGCUGUUGUAUAAUUGGAUUGGCAAUGGCAAGAUAUUUGUGGAAAAUAUAUUUUGCGGGGACAACAAAGGAAAGAAGAGACUUUCUUUUCAGUCGAGGACCUAUAAGGGCCGUGACAGUGCUUUGUUAAAGUGGUUAUUGUCUUCUUUACCCAGUAGCUGACCUAAUUAUAAUGCUUUUAUUUAAUAGAUAUACAGCAAUGUGACAGCUUUUCACUGUGGGUGAAAUGCAUUACUGUGCAGGAACCAGCACUGUUGAAAUACUGAAAAUAGCACUUACUUUAAA